CUUUCUGUGAAUUAACUUAAAAUCUCAUUUCCUUCGCCUCGCACUAGGAAAAAGAGAACCUCCUUAUUGAUCAUCAUCUGAACGAAAUUAAAAAAGAAAAAAAGGCCUCUCAAAAUGUACAAAGUCCAAGGUUGCAUGGAUUUCUCAGCUAAUAAUUUUCAUUAGAGAAGUAGUGCAACUUUGUUCUCGAGAUUCAUCUUGUGUUGUAUUCGGUUUAGGCGCGUAAAAGACGUGCUUCAGAUAAUUGAUCCAAGAGAGUUGUGCUCUUAGUCAUGGAUUCUUUGUGGAAGCUUUUGUAUUUGCUUGAGCCUGCCCCACUGACUCUCAUACUUACAGCAGUGGCUGUGACAUUUGGAUCUGCAUUUCGUGCUCUGAAUUAUGGGAAAGAAAUGGAGCGGAACCGUGACUUGUCGGAAGCAUCAAUUACUCUAGAUCGGUCCCAAGCAUUAAUGAUCCCAAUAAUGAGCUCCUGCAGCUUGCUUUUGAUGUUUUACCUUUUUUCUUCUGUCUCACAACUUUUGACUGCAUUCACAGCUAUUGCCUCUGUUUCAUCCUUAUUCUUCUGUCUAUCCCCUCAUGUUGCCUAUUUGAAAUCACAACUUGGUUUGGCUGACCCAUUUGUGUCUCGGUGCUGUUCAAAGUCAUUUACCAGAAUACAAGGCUUAUUGUUAUUGGCAUGCAUACUUAUGGUUGCAGCUUGGCUUGUUUCAGGGCAUUGGAUUUUGAACAAUUUGUUAGGUAUUUCCAUAUGUAUUGCAUUUGUCAGUCAUGUGCGCCUUCCAAACAUCAAAAUAUGUGCAAUGCUUCUAGUGUGCUUGUUUGUGUAUGACAUAUUCUGGGUUUUCUUCUCUGAAAGAUUUUUUGGGGCUAAUGUCAUGGUGUCAGUAGCAACACAACAAGCUUCAAACCCGGUUCACACGGUUGCUAAUAGUUUGAGUCUUCCUGGCUUACAAUUGAUCACAAAAAAACUAGAAUUGCCUGUAAAGAUUGUUUUUCCAAGGAAUUUGCUCGGUGGUGCAUCCCCUGGUGGGAAUUCAGCUGACUUCAUGAUGCUUGGUCUUGGUGAUAUGGCCAUUCCUGCCAUGCUUCUAGCAUUAGUCCUCUGUUUUGAUCAUCGAAAGACUAGGGAAACUGUAAAUCUUUUAGAUUUACAUUCAUCGAAGGGGCACAAAUACAUAUGGUAUGCCCUUCCUGGCUAUGCUGUUGGAUUAGUAACUGCGCUUGCAGCCGGCAUUUUGACUCACUCGCCCCAACCUGCUCUUCUUUAUCUGGUACCUUCAACUCUGGGACCUGUGAUUUUUAUCUCGUGGUUAAGGAAGGAUCUAGUUGAAUUAUGGGAAGGAACAAUGCCAAAUCUCAAUGACAAGGCUAGACAAAUAGAAGUCUGAGCCAUUUCUUUCUCUGACAUGAAGCCGGGCCUCAACAGGGUACAUGGAACCUUUCGGUUGUAUAUUCCUUUUGAUGUUCUGUCAUUGAAAAAGUAGAGUAAUAUAUCAACAAUUCAAUGUUUUACUUUAUGAAAUCCAACUCUGCCAAUGAUAUAUUUUCCUUAAUGAAAGCCAGAAAAAAAACUUUGUGAA